AUAAAUACCGCACUGAAUUCAAUUCAUGCAGUGAGUUCAGUUAAAGAGCUACUGAACUAGUUUGUGAAAAUCAACCAUUGACCAAUUUAAAAUGUUCAAGUUGUUGCUCAUUGGAUUCGUGAUCGGACUGGCAUCAGCAAGUCCUGUCGAUGUUCGACUAAUUGUUGGCGGUUUCGAGACGUCCAUCGAAGAACAACCAUGGCAGGUGUCACUUCAAGUUGGCACAUCGCAUAAUUGUGGUGGGUCAAUCAUUGGAAAGGAGUGGGUAUUGACCGCGGCCCAUUGUACUAACAGCACCGGAUCAUAUUACGUUCGUGUUGGCUCAUCGCGUUACGCAAGCGGUGGUUCAACUAUCAAAGUGAAGAAGGUUUACCGUCAUGAGAAAUACAAUGCCAGCAUCACCGAUUUUGACUUCUCGCUGUUAGAACUGGCCGAACCACUGUCAUUUGGGGAUGCAGUGAAACCAAUCGCCCUACCAAGCGAAGAUAUUAAAAUUGCAGAUGGAGUCGAAGUGCUGGUUUCAGGAUGGGGAGCAACGCAAAACUCAAGUGAUUCGAAUGAAGUACUCCGUGCCGUCUAUAUUCCCAUUGCCAAUCAAGAGUACUGUAGCGAACAAUACAAAGGCUAUGGCCGACCGAUUACCGAUCGAAUGAUCUGUGUUGGUUUUGUCAAAGGCGGAAAAAGCCCAUGCUAUGGCGAUAGCGGCGGCCCAUUAUCUGUUGAAAGUGAUGGAGAUCGUGUUGUGAUUGGAGUUGUGAGUUGGGGGAAAGAUUGUGGUGCGCCAAACUAUCCUGGAGUCUUUGGUCGAAUUACAUCCGUUCGUCCAUGGAUUAAAAGUUUAUCGGGAAUUUAACCGUUUAAAAUCAUAGUUCAUCUAAAGCGAAUCUUCUUCGAACUCGAUUGAUUUGAAUACAAAAUUGUAUUUUUUUUUCUCAAUAAAUACUUCGAAGGGAAUGCAUUUAGUUGUUAUUUAUUGAACUAAGAAGUAUU